AAAAAAAUCUUUUAAAACCAUAUUUAAUUAAUUAAAAUUAAUUGUAAAUCAAACAGUGUAAAUAUAAUAAUAAUGUCUGAAGACACGACUGUCUUGACGAACGAGGAGAAAAUUAAAAUAGAACCACCAGAAGUCGUUAAGUGUGAAAUUGGGGAUGAAUUGGGGGGCCUUGAUGAUGUUGUUGAGUCUGAGUCGUGUCCAGAGGAUGAUGAUACAUGUCUGGAGAAUUUUAUAGACUGCGAAGUCACUUUAGAAGAAGAUGUCAAUCAGGAGGGAAUCCAGACACCUGCUUAUGUGUGUGAGAUAUGUAAUAAACCAUUCAUAAGGUUGCAUAAUUUAGAAAAACAUAUAACACUUCAUAAUCGUGAAUGCACAUAUUGUUCAGAGACUUUUCAGGACUUAGGUCGUUUAAAAAUACAUCUCAGAACUCAUACCGGUGAAAAAGGAUACCAAUGCAACCUAUGCAGCCGAGAAUUUAAUCGACUGAAUCAUUUGAAGCAACACAUGCUUAUUCACAGUGGAGUACGCCCUUACAGAUGUGAAAUCUGCGAUAAAGGAUUCCUACGUCCACAUCAUUUAACUACUCACAUGUAUAUUCACACCGAAGAGAACAAACCUUACAAAUGUGAAAUAUGCUUAAAGGCUUUCACACAAUUAGAGUAUAUGGAAACCCACAAGCUUACCCACAAUAAAAAUUUUGCUUGUGAAAUAUGUAAUAGAAUAUUCGAUAAAUCAAGCCGCCUAAAAAGACAUAUGUCUACCCACACUGGAGAGCGUCCUUAUGAAUGUCCGUUAUGCGAAAGCACUUUCAACCAAUCAGGCACUUUGAAAAGACACAUGAGCAUCCAUUCCGGAGAACGCCCUUUCAGCUGUGAAACAUGCAGUAAAGCAUUUAGAACAAAAGUAAUGUUAAAUGCUCAUGAGAAGACCCAUUCUGAAGAGCGCCCUUUUAAAUGUGAAAUCUGCAGUAAAACGUUCACUCAAGCAACUUAUUUAAAAGGACACUUGGCAGUGCACAACAAAGUAAAAUGUCAUAAAUGUGCUAAGUGUAAUAAAAUAUAUAAGUCGGAAAAAACAUUGAGUCGACAUGAAUUAUUGGCUCAUGCUGCAAAGUGAGAUUUAGCAAAGAAAGUGAAAAUUUGAAGUAAUCUAUAGUUUUAUUAAUAAUAAAACCUAAAUGAAAAUAA